AAACUUGUCAAAAUACAAUCUAAAAGUGUAUUAUUAUUAUUUACAUUCAAAAUUUAAAAAAGUCAACAAAUUUUUUCCGUGUUGCAUUCGUUAAAUAAUGGCUGGUCGUUGGAAUGGACAGUACAGACCGAUUGACACGUCUAACCAAAACCCGCGGUAUGGCGAAAAUCACUAUCCACCGCAAAAUGUAGCACAAGUCGGUCCAUCGUAUCCCAACGUCACCAGAUUCAUACCGCCACCGUUCAUAAAUGGAUCACCAAGCUUAAAUUAUCAUUCUACUGGUGCUGCCCAGUCUACUACAAUAAAUAUGCAAGAAAAAUCUACUAACGAAUCUCUGGCAAAUACAAGAAGCUAUGCGAGCCCUGCCGAUAGGAAUCAAUCUUCUGAAUUCAUAACUGAGCCGGACGUAGAUAAAGUCGCCAGACACAUACAAAAUAUAUGGUCGACAUGGAAGAAAAGUAGAAUUUUAUCCGAUACAUUACAAAAUUAUUUUGAAUCCAGUCAAAAUCCAUAUGUUUCAUUACUAAAAUUAGUAAACAUUAUAUUGGGCGACCGAAUCAAAGGCAAAGCGACAACAAUCAGCCAUACAAUAUUUGAAGAAUAUUAUAAUUGGAUUAAACACAAAGAAAAUAAUUACACACAUAUUUUAACCGACAAUUUAAAAUCGCAAGCGUACAAAUUAGUAUUAGACAAACAAAUGUGUUUGAACACUAUGAAUGUCAUGAUCAAAAUUUUUAAGUGCAAUAUGAGCUUAGAUCUCAUGACUGAAUUAAUCGGAGAAACGAUAAGGCAACAAAAAUUUAAAGAGGCAUGUUAUGCGACCAUAUGUUUGGGCAUUCAAAACAGGUUUAGUGUCGAAGAAUUUAUUCUACCUCUGUUUUUUCUAAAUAUGGUUCCGGUAACUGAAGAAUUUUUAGCGACCAGUAAGUUCCAACAAGAAGCAUUGGUAAAAUAUCUAGAUGAUUUGUUGGUGCAAAACGACGACUGCUUGAUUCAGUUGGCCAUUCGCUUAAAUGUAUCGCUUUCCAAUAUCAAUUUUACCAAUAAAAAACAAAUUAAAAAUACUCUAACAAGAAUCACGAAAAAGUAUAAUAUUUCAAGCGAGUUAGCACCAAAUCUUACUAAACAAAAAAAAAUCGGAGCUCUAAAAUAUAUGUUUCAUCGGUAUCAAAGCGGUGCCACUGGUGUUGACGGCUGGAGAGAAAUGGUUUUGGAAUCUAUUGGCGAUAAUAAAGAAUUUAUGUUGGAAAUGAUAAAGAUACUAAACAACUAUGGCGAUUUAGAUGAAGGAAUUCAUUUUGCGCAAUUGUUUUCUAUCGACCCGUUAGAUUUACCUUACUCGUUACAGCAGGAAAUAUUGUACAGAAAUAAUGCAAAUGCCGGCGCUGAUGUAUUGCCAACAGUACCGACUUACGAGUUCAAAACAGAAUACCACGAAUUAACAUUAUCGGAAAAUGACAUUUACAUUGUCGAUUCAAAACCAAAAUUUAAUGCGUUUUUAGAAAAAAUUAAUGUUGCUUCGUUUGAUGGACUUUUCGACGUAAUCGGUCUCGACUGUGAAUGGAAACCAGAAUUAACGAGUGAAAAAAGCGAUUUAGCUUCUAUUCAGUUGGCCAUCAAUAAUGCAAUUUACAUUUUUCACAUACCUCAAUUGCAACCCGCCGAAAGUUACAAACUACACUGGCAGGAAUUUUCAAUGAAUAUAUUUAGCAAUAUGAACGUUUUAAAACUAGGGUUUGAGUGGAAAGGGGACGCUGCAAUAAUUAAAUCUACGUUACCCAUAGAUAGUGUUCGGUUACACGGACUAGGAUUUCUCGAUUUGAAAUUGCUGUGGAAAGAACUUGAAACCCAGUGGAAUAUCAUGCUUCCGUUCCAAAACCCUAGUGAUCUAAUGGCGUACAACAGUCUCUCAGAUCUAGUAAAAUUGUGUUUUGGUAGGCCGCUAAAUAAGACUGAACAGUUUUCCAAUUGGGAAAAAAUACCAUUACGGCCUAAUCAAAUAACCUAUGCGGCCUUAGAUGCGUACUGCUUAUUAGAAAUUUACAAUGUGUUCAAAACGUGCUGCGAUACCAAUGGCAUUCCUUUUGAAGAAGUCUGUCAAAAGGUUAUACUCAAAGAUCAAUCUGAAACGGCUAAACCCAAAUUGAAAAAUAAAAAACACAAAAAUAAAUUGCCAGCGACAGUUUCAAAACCCAACUCGUUCUACAAAAACGUUUCGAGUGUAAAAGAUUUUAAGUUGCUGGUUCCCAGUACAUUAGAUAAAUUAGCCGAACGGUUGCGAAAGUGUGGCAUAGACACAACCAUAGUGGAUCGAUCAAAACUUAACGAUUUCCAGUAUAUUAUAGAUCAAAUAAGACAAGAAAAUCUACAUUUCAUAGCGUUCGGCCAAGUGUUCCAAAGAGCCGCUGAAAAAUUACCAAUCGGCCGAUGUUACUGUGUUCAAAAUCCUAACGUGGACGAUCAAUUACAAGAAGUGUUAAGCUAUUUCAAUAUAGUCGUAAGAAAAGAAGACUUAAAUAGUCGUUGCCAGUGCUGCAAUAGCGACAGUUACGAGACUGUUAGCAGUUUGGUGAUGAAUAAAAUUUAUAAUACCGUAAUUAGUGCACAAAAUUGCAAAUCCGUCGUCAGAGCAGGUCCUCCCAUGUCUGACGAUGACGAGUAUUACGACGAUUAUUGCGCAUUCGACGAUGAAUACUCUGAUGACGAAGGUACAGCUCCGCCAAUUAAUUCAAAAUAUGUGGCUUCGUCCUCGGAAAACACCUCUAGUGACCCUUAUAGCCAACUUUUGACUGGGUACACUUGCGAUAAUUGGGAAAUAGACGUGAAACCAUUAUCAGCUGACAUGUUUAAAGACGCAAAUCGCACGUUCAAUAUUUGCAAUAAAUGUGGUACUGUCAGUUGGGACAACUCGCAAUGGGAAAGUGCUCUGGGCAGCAGUUUAGGUAUUCGGCAUAGUAGUUUUAAGUGAACUUAUCCAAAAGUUGUUUUGGUUCCAUGCAUCCAAUAAAUAUAUAUAUUUUUUUUUAACAACAUGAUUAUAGUAAUUUUUAGUUUAUAACAAUUAUUAUUACAUACGGUUUUUAUUAUGUAAAAUUGAAAUAAUCCAACAAUUUUAAUUAAAUGAUCGGUCACACUUUAAAAAAUAACAUUAAAUUAUUAAGAGUAAUUCCUCUUUUUUUUUAUUACGCAUUUUAUUUAUAUAAUAUGUGUAGUAUAUUAUUGUUUAAAUGCAACUGUGAUUAUUU